GAAUCCGACAUGCGGUUCAUCAACGUAAACUUUGUUGCUCUUCUGGUGUACUUGUGUCAUGGCAGGUCAUGCCCAUCAACUGACCCCAAAUGCCGUGAGGCAGCUAUGGAAAAAGCCUGCCGUCCGCCCUGUAGAAAGCAACAGGUCAUGUCGGAGGACACGUGUGUAACACUCUGCAAGGACCCAUUAAACCCAAGGAUCCAAAAAUUAUUGUCGUAAUUCAGUUAAACCGU